CUUAAAAUGGCUGUCAGCUGUAUUUUGUGUGAUUAAACGAGUGCUUGAACUGUUUAUAUUCGUAUUAAAAUGUAUUUUCCAAUAGGCUGGCCAAGAAUAUUAAACGUACCUCGUUGUGGGCCCUGUCGGAUUCGUCAGGUUGUUUGUAACAGAGACAAAAUAUUGUUCGCUAUAUUGACAGAUGACAGUUUAUCCGUCUGGUUUUGUAAGCCAUGUGUGCCAAUUGUCUACCAUCGACGUGAACAAAACUCCAUUAAACAAUAUGGGACAAAUAUUCUUGUUGAGUGGAGACCUGAUUCUAGCAUGCUGGUUGUUGCUACAUCAGACAGACAUUUACUGUUUUAUAAACUUGGUGUGGUUGCUGAGCAGAAAGGUCUUUAUGAGCAGAUUGACUCACCUCAUCCCAAUUUGAAACGAGAUAGUGCUGAACUUUUUAUAAAAGAGGUUGUUCCACCUCUUCUUUUGUCUCUUGACAAGGAGGUACUUGUAGAUGGCCGCAUAACAAGUCUAGUAUGUAUUCGAGAUGAGUUAAUGUUGGCAACCUCAUUGGGACAUGUAUUGAGAUAUAAAUGGGAUGGGAGUCAGAACCGUGAUUACUGUUUAGAUUUAAAAAGAGUGCCAUUUUGCAUAGACCAGCAAGUAUCUAAAGCUGUGCCCAUCUUAGAAGUGAAUGUCCAUGUCAUUGACAUAGAGUAUUCUCCAUUGGUUGGUGGUUUUGCAGUUGUUCUUAGUGAUGGAAGGGCAGCUUUCCUUACAGCUCCGUCUUUGAAAUUUGACCCGAAUCAGGUGCAAGGUAUUUGGGCCCAAAGUUUAGAAGAUGCCACGUGUGCUAGUGUUAAUCACAAGUACCGACUCAUUGUGUUUGGAAGGAGAAACUCCCAGGCUGUUGUAUAUUGUAUUGAUGAGAGCACUGGUGGUUUGGAAGUGUCACAUCAUAUUAUGUUGUCAAAUAAAGAUUAUCCAGGUUUGCCUGGACCUGUGAAAUGUAUUCGUUGGACACCAGAUGGCUGUGCAAUGGCUGUAGCUUGGGAACAGGGUGGAAUCUCCUUAUGGAGCACAUUUGGUGCUCUGCUGAUGUGCACUCUUGGUUGGGAUUAUGGCCUUAAUGUAGAUAUUUCUUGCAGUAACCCUCUACUUGUAACAAGUAUGGAAUGGUCAGCUGAGGGUUAUCAGUUAUGGUUAGUGAAACAGCAACUCAAUCAUGAUCCUGGAGGGCAAGAUGCUGAAACAGACAGUGUCAUCCAGUUGGAUUUUGUGAAAAGUGCUCUUACUGUCAACCCAUGUAUGAGUCAUCAGGGGCACCUGUAUCUUCAAGGUGGAGAUCGGACAUACAUCAAUCUUGGAGAAAAUUUAAUGAAAGUUUAUCAUCAGCAUCCUAAGGACCAACGUUCACCUCUUUACAGCUCAGGAGAAGUCUUUUUAGAUACAGAAAAUGUUACUGUUACAAGCACAUUGAUGGGCAGUAAACAGUGGAUUGUUGUUCCUAUUCCUUCUGCAUACUCUAGCACAAAUUGGCCAAUAAGAUACACAGCUCUAGAUUCAGAAGGCCAAAAUUUAGCUGUUGCAGGCCGUACUGGUUUAGCACAUUAUUCCUUAAUCAGCCGCAAAUGGAAAUUAUUUGGAAAUGAAACUCAGGAGAAAGACUUUGUGGUGACUGGUGGACUGAUGUGGUGGCGAGAGCAUUUGGUGAUGGGGUGUUACAGCAUAAUAGAAAAUAGAGAUGAAAUUCGCAUAUACCCUCGAGAAGCGAGGCUAGACAAUGCUUUUGCAAAAAUCACUAAAGUAUCAGCACAGGUACUACUUUUGAAUAUGUUCAGGGAUAAGCUUAUAAUAUUCUGUGCAAAUGGACAGCUUACUAUUUAUUCACUUCUGGCACGAGAUAACCAACCUUUGGGAGCUGUGGAAGUAACAAGACUACAGGCCUUGGAUAUCAGUGCAUUGUGUGUGCAUCCUGCUUGUGUUGUGUCUGUUACAUUAACUGCACUACGUACAGAAAUAGGUCGUCAUGCCUCGAAAGAGUUUGAAAGUAUUAUGCUGAACAUAAGUGGAAGACUUCUUAUGGUUCAGCGAGAAAUGAAGAAUGUGAAUGAAAUUAAUGAUGUCUUUCAGCCUCCAACAGUUUUGGCAUCCUGUGUUGAAAAUGUCUGGGUACCUAGGAAAUCUCGAAGAGAAAAACCUCACCUAACAGAAGCUCUGUGGUUGUUUUGUGGUUCACAUGGCAUGAGAGUUUGGUUACCAUUGUUCCCAAAAGAUGGUGACAAAUCUCAUACGUUCAUGUCAAAAAGAAUUAUGUUACCAUUUCAGCUUCGAAUUUAUCCUCUAGCUAUACUGUUUGAAGAUGCAAUUCUUUUGGGAGUUGAAAAUGAUACAAUGCUGUUUACAUCUGAUAGCAACUCACCAUUUUCUUUACCAUUUUGCCUUCUGGAGAAAACGAGCCAGGUGUAUCUACAUCAAAUCCUCAGACAACUAAUUCGUCGAAAUUUAGGUUUUCAUGCUUGGGAAAUAGCCCGAAGUUGCACUAAUCUUCCCUACUUCUCCCAUUCUCUUGAACUUCUACUACAUGAGGUUUUGGAAGAAGAAGCGACAAGUAAAGAGCCUAUCCCUGAUGCAUUGCUUCCAAGUGUGAUUGAAUUCAUACAGGAAUUUCCUAUUUAUUUGCAAACUGUUGUUCAAUGUGCACGUAAAACAGAAAUCGCUCUGUGGCCAUAUCUAUUCUCAGCAGCUGGUAAACCUAAAGAUUUAUUUCAAGACUGUCUCAUGAAGAAACAUUUGGAUACAGCUGCUUCAUAUUUAAUUAUUUUGCAAAACCUAGAGCACUCAUCCGUUAGCAGACAAUAUGCCACUCUUCUGCUGAAUGCCGCACUAGACAGCUGCAGAUGGGAACUCUCCAAAGAUCUGGUUCGCUUCCUGAGAGCAAUUGAUCCCAAUGAUGUUGAAUCACCACGUGCCUCUUUUAUUUUGCCGGCCAAGUAUGGAGUUAAUACUCAGACACCACCAAUCAGUCCAAAUGAGGAAGAUUUAUCUCUUGUUUUGGGCACUAUGCAGGUUUCUCGAGGCCGUAGCUUCAGUACAACUAGUACACCUAAGAUUAAGCAAGUGGAAAGUGGAACACCCAGUGUUGGCGGGCUUCAUCACGAACUCCUGAGGUCAAAUAGUAGUGGAACAGAAAGCAGCAAAUCAGUCCCAACAAGGCGAAAAAAGUCUGUUCCUACUGGGCGUGGAGAUGAUAGAGAGUCUUCCGAGUCCGCUGAAGACUUCUUUAUUGAUGUGAUACUACAGCGCCAUGCUCGACGUUUACUUUCUGCACGACAGUUGGCAGAUUUAGGACAUUUUGCAGCUCAUUUGGAUUUUCAUUUAGUCACAUGGCUGGCAAAAGAAAGGGAUAGAGUUGCCAGAGUUGAAGAUUUUGUUGCUGCUUUAAAACAACUGCAUAAUGAUUUCUCAUGGCCAUACCCAGCUCUCACUCAACCUGUGUCUUACUAUUUGCAACGAAGUAUGUCAAAUUCAGGCUCAAUGCCGGCUUCACCUGCUGUUGACAACAGCCGGAAAAGUUUCUCCAUUGACCCAGUCACAUCACAGUCUGGAAGUGGAGUUGGUGACAGUGGGUAUAUGAGUUACACAGGAGCUCAAAAUGAGGCACUUUGUGCAUUAGGUGCAGUUAUACCAACUAAAGCAGCACAUUGUUACAUUCCAAGUGUGUCAGCAAGCAAUGAUUAUCCCAGUAGUGCUGUUGUCGAAGCCCAGCUGCUUCCUCAUCUGUUACAAGAAGAGGCAAGCAUACGGAGCGAAGAAGGUUCCUAUUGGGGUGAUGACAGAGAGAGCUCAGUUCAAGAUGUUUCUAACACAACAUGGCCUGAUGUUCCAAGUGCAAAUCUACUGGAGCAACUAUCGCAGGAGCUAACUAAUAAAGGCUCAGCAAAAUCAGAAGUCCAGCUUAGGUACCUGUUACAAUUAUUCACAGAAGCCGGCUGCAUUGAGUGGGCAUUGGUAAUAUCUGUCUUGCUGCGAGAUGCUCUGGCUGUUGUACGUAUCACUAACAGCACUCGCUCUACAGAACAUUCCUAUGAAGCUGUCCUGAGGGUAAAGAAUGGCCUUGUUAGUCUGUGUCAGUGGAGCAGCAGUGAAUGCCUUGGUUAUAGGCCUUUCCUGUUAGCUGUGCAGAACCAAGUUCCAGUAUUAAGUAAAAUCUUGAGCAGCAAACAACAGUAUCUGCAACAACAGAAAAUAUUACAGCAACAGCAACAACAGCAGCAGCAUCUUCAGCAGCAACUUCAGCAGAAUCCAAGUUCACCCCAAUUACUGCCAGCUGUUGCACCUCAUUCUAGAAGGGCAAGUUCUAACGUAGAUGUCAGCAGCCAUCACAGUAGUGGUCAACAAGCAAGAACCUCCCAUUCAAGCAGUUCAGGGGGAUUCCAUGAUACGUUAAGAAAUGAAUUGCACCGUUCAGAGAGGACUCGUGAAAGAAAUUUACAUUCCGUCUUUGAUGCAAGAGAAGCUACUGAUGCAGAAAAUGAAAUACAAGAAACUGAUUCCAUAGAAGACGGGAAAGAAGAAUCUGAGCGAUCUGUCUGCACUGUGUCAUAGUCCUGGUUGUAUUAACAUUGUAAAACAAAACACAGUUAGUGAAAGAAUGUGUGCUCUGUUUGUUUAGUGCUGGUGUGCUGUUUUUUGUACAAUGUGCAGUGAAAUUAUCAUGUGACGAGUUGGUGUAUGGACUUAAAAAUUGUAUAUAACAAGUUAUUUUUUUAAGAAAAUGAAAACUUUAAAUGAUUAACAGCAUCUCUUUUACAGCUGUUUUUAAGCAAUAAUACUUAUUGAAUUACCGUAACUGAUUCCUUAACAGGUAGCUAUAACAUGUAAAACACCAUAGUAGUCAAAUGUAAAACUAUAAAUACUUAUUUUCUUUUUUUCCUGAUGGUGUUGCACACAUUCUUUGAGAUUAGCAGGUAUCAGUUUUACAGUUUCACUUUGCCAGUUGUAAUAAAACACUGAAUAUAUAUUUGGUAACUUACCAUCUUGCUCAGUGACUCUGUGCCUUAUCUACAUUGGUUUCAAUGUGAUUACUCUCCAGGAAUUAUAACAGUAUAUUUCAGUGCAUACUGAUUAUAAUGAGGCUUCUGCAUUUUGUUCCUAAUCAUCCAGAGGUUUGAGUGUAAAUACAGUCACACUGUUUGUGGAAAUGGAGUAAAGACUGUAUAUUCUCAGCUACUUUUUUAUCUUGAAGAGCAUGGCAUACUUCAACAUUUUCUUAAUAUUUGAAUUUUUUCUGCAGGAUGUGAUUCAUCAAUAAGUUCUCAGAUUAUUCACUACAGAAAUCAGUGGGAUGUAUACACUGCUCAGAAGAAUUAGGGGGCAUGACUUUGGGCAUCUGCCAUACUCCAUUGCGCAAUAAUUGAUGAUUGGAUAUGUUACCAAAUUCUAUUAUCUUUCACAAAGGAACUACACAACAAAACAUCAUUACAUCUUCGAUCAUUUACAUAAAGAGAACUGAAAAGUCUGACUCGUGUCAAAAACAAAGUGAAAACAGUCCUUCAUCUCAUUGUUCUGGGGGUUUUUCAUUGGACUUAGUGCUUCGAUAACAAGUAUGGUGUGUGUGAGCAUUUAUCGCUGCCUGACACGUGGCAUGCUUCAUAUAUGCCUGUGGAGGUCACACUGUAGUAUCCUAUCCCAUUCGUCAAUGACAGCACAUGAGAGUUUUUGGAGAGUCUGUUGUGGAACAGGACAACCAUUAACACUUCUGUCAAGCAUGUUCCACAUAAGCACAAUGCAGCUUAGGUUGGGACUCACUGCGGGCCAUUCCAUUACUUCAUUGUCCAGGCUUCGCAAAGACAUCCCUGCUGACACCCACCACAUAGGCCUUGGCAUUAGUAGGAUUUCCGGGUUAACACAUAUGCAGUGCCCACCACUUGCUCGAAAAGGAUCUGUUCAGUGUACUCCAUGGCAGUAAGGUGACUAUGGACGAUGACGAGAUUCAUAUAAUCCGUGUGGCUGAUUACACUGAAGCCUCCCCACAACAUAACAGAGCAUAACAUCUGGCACACACUGCUCGUCUUGUCUGUGAACAUGAACACAGCCAUCACCUUGUGUCAUAGGAUAUCUGGACUCAUCUGUGACUGACACGUUUCACCAGUAAUGGUGUUGCCACUUAACAUGGGAAAGACAGAAAUGAAGGCAAGCUGCAAGAUGCAGUCAUGUAAAGUGGGGUACUCAAACAGAAUGUCAUCGUAUCCGUACAGUGCCGUAACUCAGAGAUGGCCAGAUAUCGCACUUCAUGUGGUGUUAUGCAACCUUGUGGAACUCGCCUUGGGUACUGACCUGUCUCCCUGUAGCAUGUCCAUAAUCAAUGGAUGACACAUGGAAAGGUAUUGGCAUUUGCAGCGACAUGACCAAAAGUCUAUCCUUUUUGGGUCAAACAGACUGCCCUUCCAACUUGCACUGCAUUAAGAUGUCGCAUUGCAUGUCCUUGGUUGAAUAAAAUGUCUACAAAUGACAUCUGCCGUCUGUGUACCUCACUAGAAAACACUGGGACGCCAGUACUCACUUCAUUCCGAGGGGUCACCUGGCACUGUAAUGCAUAACACAACCAAUAGAUGGCAAUGAUUUUAAUUCUUGCGUACAUUGAAAGCGAAGAUUUUAAAACGUGCAAUGAGACCACAGGUACCCUUUGCAGCAAAAACUGGACAUUGAUACAUGUGGUCCCCUAAUUCUGUUGAGCAGUGUAUAUAGAAUAUUCAUGGCCCUUGUUUUCAGUCUAGUGGUAUCCUUUGCUGUUGCUACAUAUACAUAUGUAGUCACCAGUAGCUGUAAUUUCUGUAGGGAAUAAGUGAUUGACUAAUGUAUCUGAAGCUGUUCACUGAAUAUAUGUUAGUGUUUUCAUUGCUGUCACUGUAAUUUAUUGAACUGUGUUUUAUUUCCACUUUUACAUGUGAUGUUAAUUUCUCAUUGAGGACUGGCUUCAGCAUAUUACAUGAUGCUGAAUGGAAUUUUUUAAAACAAAACUGUACUUGACUUCGCUAUUUCUCAAUCUGUGAUGGCAUUACUUUCAACAGUCUUAAUUCUGAGUACCUGUGUUGUAGCAUCUGGCAGUUACCAAAUAUUGUUAGCCAUGAACAUUUAAGAAAGCUCUCCAUCAAGGGAAUACUGAGCAAACUAUAAUUUUAAUGAGCACUAAAACACACAACUUGUUUCACAAUCUCAGUGAAGUAUGGUAUAAAAACAUUUAAUUGUCUAUGUUGUAAAUAUGAAUUUUGUUACUUUAAUUUGUUUUGUUUAACAUAGAACCUUAUGAUUUCAAGAAGUACAGUUUGAGAACUGCUGCUUCAGAAUAUGUUCUGCUUGAAAGUAAAUGAUCUCAUUUUGUUGAGCCAUUAAAAUGUUCAUAGCUUUUUCAAAAUGAAAAUAUUAUAUUCAUCUUGCUCUGCUUCAUUCAUGUGUAGCAUCAGGUCUUUGUAUUUGCUGACAGGUCAGGCAAGAAUUCUGACAAAGAAAGGUAGUCAUAACUCAUCUCCAUGGAAUUGCGCAAAUUCUCACAUUGCUGUUAAUUUCAUAUGGGGUAAAUAUGCUAUUCCCCUUUUGACAAUAUAAAAAGCAUUAACUUUAGUUACAGCAAUAGUGUAUUCCCUGCCUGACAAUUUUGAAUGUGUGUGGUAUAAAUAUAACUGUAAAAAAUAUCUAUGUUAAAUGUGGUGCAAGUUGUGUUGUAAAGAGGUGACAGAUGUUGGAAUUUGGUUAACAUUUCAAUGAUAGUUUUCUGGCAUUUUGAUAUAACUUGUAAAAAUUGCUGAUGCUCAUCUGGAAAUAUGACAGCUUUCAUUUACUAAUUGUCUUAUCCCUUUGCUCCAAUUUAACAGCAAAUUAAUUUCAUAUCAAAAAUAGUAUCACAUAAUUAUAAAGUAUUUUACCAGUCUGUACCAGACUUCUUGCAAACAUUGUACCAGCUGUCAACUGCUACUCCAGGGUACACUCUACUUAUAAUUGGAAUGUUUUUUAAUUUUAGUAAAUGACCAAACUAUCAUGUCUGACUGAGGUGAAAUAUAACACUAGCAAACCAGUAUGUUGUAUCUGAUUCCAUUAACAGUAUCUCACACGUUAAAGAAGCUUGUAGCACUUUGAGUAUUUUGAGAAGUAUAUAUUUCUCUUCACUUUGGGUGUGGUUUCAACUUAAAUCACAGUUCCUUAACGUAUUGCAUAUGCCAGAAUUAAAAUUUUCCUAAUAAUCCUCAUACUGCUGUGUUCAGCUUUUAUCUGCCUCCCUGUUCUUCUUUAGUAAAGUUGUAUCAUAACUCUUUGUUAGCUGUAGCAUAAUUAUCUUUACAGUGUUCCUUAGAUGAUAUCAAUUAAGCCACUUAUGUAACUAAAAUAUUAAUGAAUUGCCCCACUAAAAGUUUCUAAUGACAAUGAUGUAGAUGUAGAGGUAGUCCACUAACAAUUUUCUUGUCUUCUCUAGAAUCACUUGAACUUGUGGCAUCUGCAAACUACUUUUUAAUAUAGUCAUGCUUCAUAAAUGUUUCAGAGUAUGGGAAACUUACAAUCAAUAUUGCAUUUUGUGUCAAGACUUCCUAAGCUGUUUCUUAAAUAGCAUUUUCAUUUUUACAAAGUAGAUUGUCUGUACAAAACUGGAGUAUUGUUACACUAAAAACAUUGCUUUCUUGAAUUCCAUAAUUAGUUGUAAUGGCUGGCAUAUUUUGUAAUAGCCUGACUAUAACAUUUUGUUUCCCCUCCUUCUUUGUUUUCAUGAUUGAUAAAUUACUUGCUUUCAAAGGUUUUGUAAUACCCUAGUUGCUCCUUAUUUGUUGCUGCGCCCAAAUCCCUUCUUUUAGACAGACUACUUCCUAUUGGUAUGCUAUCUUUUUAUUUAAAUCAUACUCACUGUGCAUGAACAUAAACUUAGUGCAUUAAAAAGUCAAAUUGGUUCCAAAGUGUGUUGUUUGUGUGCAAUCAAGAACCUUCAUCUAAUAGCACUCAUUAUUCAUGUCUAAUGGUUAGUAGUUCUGAAUGUUCCAGUGCAUUCUAAGAAAUGUCUUAUGUUUACCAUCUUUUUUCCUCUAAGUCAAAGUUUAAUAGUAGAUGUUCCAAUUCCAAUCCAGACUUCCGCUGUAGUUCACUACUCCAGUCUGCACUGUGGUUUUUUUUUCUGUGACAGACCAUAACAUAACAUGUCCCCUUGCUUAUAACUGAAAGCUCUAAAAUUACUCUGAAAAAUAUGAGUCAGACUUUGUACAUGACAGCUCCCACCAGAUUUGUUCCAUUUGUAGAUUUAGUCUCCAUACUUCCAGUAGACAUGUUAGAAAUAAUGAUUAUUUAUUGGAGUGAUGUACAAUUAGCAUAUUGCUGCCCUUCCAUUUAUUUUAGUCAUCAUACCUACGUGAAUCAUGAUUUUUCUUGAUACUGUGGGGGUUAAUUGUGGACACCCUAAGAUUUUUGGUCACUUAGGCUUUUGUUUGUAAUUUAAGUUUUUAUAAAACCAAAUGUCAGUAUGAAUACUGCAGUCCUUUUGUAGCCAUGAUCCUAUUAGAGGCAGUAUGUUCAAACCUUUGUGCCACCUUGGAAAUGACUUACUUAGCCAAUUGUUAGGGACAUACAUGAACCCCAAACCAUGGUUAAAUUUGAUUUUUCCACAUGCACAAACUACUGCCAAAGAUGAAAGAAAUAAUAGGUGACACAAAAAAAUCCUUGCACCAUGUGAGGUUUCUCAUUUCCAUUCAUGAAAAUGUAUAUAUGCCAGUUGGUUCUCUAGCAUUUGAGUUUCUUUCAUAUCUUAUCUAAAACUGAAGAAAAAUUCCUGAUCUUGUUGUCAGUGGUUUCUGACAGUCAUGAUGAAGACAGCUUUUUGUCUUGCAUAUAUUUAAAUUAUUUAAUAUUUUAUCAAUCACAGUUUGCUACACAGAUAAAGGUGCACGUUGGUUUAAAAUUGCUUUAUUGAGAUUAUUUGCCUGUAAUUAAAACAUUAUUUAUGCAGUUUGUCCCCACCCCACACUACCUUGCCAUACCCUGCCUUACAAAAUUUUGUAAGACUGGUCCACCCUUCUGUUGAAACUCGUCAGUAAGUUGUGGUGAUAAUUUAAUUUAUAAUAAAUGUGGACAAAAUGUCAGCAUUUGGUGUUAUGCAGUACCAGGUAGAGUGAUUUCCAUUUUCUUUGUAAAAUGAAAGAGGUUUUAUACACAAGUAAAAUUUCAACUUUAGAUACAAGAAACCAGAGGUAUGGUUGUAACACAUGCUGCAUUAUUGAUAAUAUGGCCAAUAAAGACAAGAAGUGUAUUUCAUGAACUCCAUACAUUAUGCAUAUCAGGAAAGACAACUAUGAUGGGCUAAAGUUAUAACUAUAUACCUGAAUCAAAAUGUGAUAUAAACUUGAUGACUGAUUUCCUGCUUAUAUGUUCUAUGAACAGUUGUGAAUUCUCAUUACCAAGUGAAGAAAUCUAAUGAUAUGAAUUACUUGCUCAUAAUUAGUUACAUUAUUUGGUGUAUGUAGGGCUUGAGAUUAGAAAGUUUCCAUUGGAUUAAUCCUCUACACACACUUUUGUAUAUUUAUCUGAAAAUCUAAUAAUCUGGAUGAACAGUAUUUGUGUUGUGUUAGGAGGUUUCAAGUUUUCAUCCUGAUUCUAAAACUAGAGAGAGAAUGAAACACACCUUCAACAGAUAUAAUACAUUGGGCAGUAACCAAUGAAAUUAUGAAGACAGAUAUUUUAAAGUAAUUUAUGUAUUUAAUGAAAAGAUUCAUACUCAGCUACAUAAUUUAAGAUGUUCUAAUAACCGUAAACAGAUGUUGUUUUACAUACAUAUGUCAUUAUCUACUCAGGAGUUUUAAUCAAAAUAAUGUAAUUGCUCAUGUGAAAUUUAGUGUUGUGACAUACAAUUGUUCAGUCAUCGUCUCCCCCCCCCCCCCCCUCUCCCAUCCGCUUCACUGUUUCAGUUAAUUAAUUAAUGAUUGCAAGAUUUAGUACAACAGUUUUCUAUAGAUACUACUUAGAGUUGGAAAACUAUUGUUUUAAUUACAUUUAAGCAAUUUAACUUGUUAAUUACUUAUGAAGAUAUUUAAAUAGCAUUUUACUUUUGCGGUGAAAUAGAGUUUUAUUGACAACAUAACACUUACAUUGUUUAUGGAGUAGUCAGUCAUUAGACUUAAGUUCACAUUUCAAGAAGAGUAUAUAUGUAUUGAAGGAAAAGAGAGAAAAAUUUUAGUGGACACAUGAAGAGUUACUCUCCAAACUGUUGGCAUAAAUCUAAUUAUUUUAUCCUCUACCUAAUGAAAAUAAAACAGUAAGUGUUAAAAAGAGGUUAAAAUGCUAUUUCAUAAAGUUAACUGUUCAGUAGUGUCAAAAAGUUUUGCUUCAAAAUUGUGAGGUACAUAUCUAAGAGGAGUCACCAGUUGAAAAAAUAAUUUACUUUAUUUUGUCAAGAGACCAUUGUCUGACACUUACAUCCAUUUUAAAAUAUACUUGGUAUUGUACCUCAAAAACAUUGACUUCAAAGAGUCCUUUGUUAGUAUGCAUGAGGAACAUAUUUUAGCCCACUAAAAUGGUUUCUUAUUUGAUGGUAAUUUUAUGUUCUGAAGAACAAAAAUUUUAGUCUUCCCUGUAAGACUGUCUAACAAACUCAGUGUAGUGGAUUCAGCUCUUACCAGUAACUUACUGUUUUUAAGUACAUAUCUUAAAUUGUUGGAACCAAGUACUAAUUUUUAUAGAGUUUUACUCAUGUUGUAUACUUUUUAUAUUGUAUAUAUACAGUUGUUGCAGAAUAAAGAAAAGUAAUAAUUUUUGU